AUGGAGUGCUUCCCGAGCCUGCUGCCCAGCUACGCCGCGCUCGAGCCCGCACAGCGAGCCACGAUCCUGUUCACGCAGAGCAGGAUCGACUUCAACAACGGCUGGUUCGUCCAGGGAGAGGCCCCGCCCGGCGCGAUGCUCUCCACGUUCAAGCGCGUGAUCGUGAACGGUGGAGCGUCCGAGGCCGACAUAAGCUUCUACUUCGCCCACUGGAUCACGGACCUCGCCGGCGCGGUGCCCUACGGCGGCAGGCCGUGGCCGGGGGCCGAGAAGUUCGCGCUGCAGUUCCCGCACCGGGUGCUGGGCUCGUUCCUGAAGUCGUUCGCCUUCGUGGACCGCCUGGCCAGCGUGUCGGAGGUCGACGUCAUGGAGGCCUAUCUGCAGAGCCGCUGGUCGGACCUGGGCCUCGCCUCGUGCGCGGUGCGGGAGGGCUGCCGGCCUGCGGCGCGGCGCCUGGCCCUCAUGGCCCAGGGCUUCGAGGCGGAGGUGGUCCACGCGCUGCACGCGCUGCCUCCCGCCGACAGCGACGUCAUUGCGCUGGAGCUCGCGCGCACGGGGCACUCCCAGCAGUUUGACGGCGCCCCGCCCGCGCUGCUGCAGGACGCGCCGGCGGGGCCAAGCCUGCUGGUGUACUACGCCCCCGCGCUCAUCCAGAAGGCCGGCGCUUCCGAAGUCCGAGGCGCCUUGCACGUGCUGGCUGCGGUCUACCGCGCGGCGCGCGAGCUCUUCCCGUGCAGCGCCCGGGCGGGUGCGGCGGAGAGCUGCGCCGUCGUCCGCAUCGACCUGCUGAAGGUGCUCGGGCCCCAGGAGAUCGCAAAGGUCGCGCAGCUGAACGAGUGGCACCUGCGGAAGACGUCCGACGUGAGCGCCGAGGUCGUGCUGGGCCCGCCGCGCCACGAGGCAGGGGGGCCGCCCGCAGCGCGGAUAGGACCGCUCGAGCUCUGCGCAGAAGCCGUGUAG